AAAACAUAGGCACAAUUUGCUCCAGCUGUCCCACGCAGCAAACGAGCAGAGGCUCUGGGCCCGACCGCCCUCCGGCCAGCAGGUGGCACAGUGGCACGCACAGCCCAGCACCUUGCUCAACCGCGUCUUUCCCCCACUCGCCAGCCCCGCCCAGGCCGGAAAACGGACGUCAAUCGGUCCCCAGGAAAAUGGCUGCAUCCACGUGUAUGUGGUAGAGUACUACAGUCGGUUGACAGGGGCGCUUGACCCCAUGAAGCGCAAAGGCGGGCGCGGGCCGCACCGCGGUCAUGGGGGUGGUGGGAAGGGGGCCAUGAAGCGCCUAAAGUUGGUAGUGGAGGAGUUUGUGCAAGCGACCCCUGAGGUUGAGGCUCCCGAAGGUUUCAAGGGACCUCUCCCAGGGUCCCAAGCCGAGGGUCGCGGCGUUCCAUCAGGCUUCCGCCCGGGCAGAAAAAAAAGCCGCAAGGAGUUAAAAAAGGAGAAGCGACACCUGAGGAAAGUCCGCCGGUUUCAAUGGACAGCAGGCUCAGGAAGCCGCGGCGCGGCCCAAGAAACAGUCGGCCCUCAAUCUGAAAAGAAAGAGGAAAGCGUUCACGCAACCGUCAGUCGAGACCCAUCUCCUCCCCAAAAGCUGCGACCUCCCCAAGCUAAGGCCAAGGCUCCCAAGGCCCAAGCCAGGAUUCCCAAAGCUCAGGCCAAUCCGAAGUGUUGCCCGGAGAAGACCAAACUCUCCGCAGCCGCCAAUGCCGCUGCUCGGAAACUGGCGCUUAUGGCUGCCAACGAAGAAGAGGACCGAGAGAUCCGAAAGCUGGAGCGUUGCCUCGGCUUGAACAAGCGUAAAAAAAAGGGCAACAGUAGCUCUAUGCCGCUUAGUUUUGCUCGCGACGGGCUAGGCUAUAUCCUAGGAGCUCUGGAAUCUGGGAAAAAUUGUGGCUUAUAUGAAAGCAGUAGUGAGGAAGAGGAUGCUGCGGAAACACUCCCCGAAAGUGAUUUAGAGAGUGACACCGAAGAAGAAAAUGAAGAGGAGGAGGAUGUAGAAGAAGAAAAUGAAAAGAAAGAAGACGAAGAGGGAGCGGAUAGCGCGGAGGAGGAGAAUGUCCUAGAGGAAAAAGAACUAUCAGCAGCACACUGGGAAGCGCAGAAGGAAAGGGCGGGGAAAAGAGUUCGUUUUGCGGCAGAGGAAAGGAGCGAAAGUUCUUCAGAGGAUGGUGACACCACAGAUCAGAGCCUUUGUGAAAGUUGUAAGAAGUAUACUCCACCUCAUGUGAGGCGAGCUGCAGAAACAGUAGAUCCCCAAAAGAAGGAGGAAUUGGAAAGGUUAAAGAAACAAGUAAAAGGCCUCAUUAACAGGUUGAGUGAACCAAACAUGGCCUCUAUAAGUGGACAGCUGGAGGAAUUGUAUAUGGCUAAUAGUAGGAAGGAUAUGAAUGACACUUUUACAGGCAUUCUUAUGAGUGCAUGUGUAACUGACACGGUCAUGCCCAGCAGGCUGAUGAUGGAGCAUGUUCUUCUAGUUAGCAUUCUUCAUCACACAGUAGGAAUUGAGGUUGGUGCUCACUUUUUGGAGGCUGUGGUGAGGAAGUUUGAUGAUGUAUAUAAAAAUGGAAGUGAAGGGAAGGAAUGCGAUAACCUUUUUACUGUUCUUGCCCAUUUAUAUAACUUCCACGUGGUACAGUCUCUCCUCAUCUUUGAUAUUUUGAAAAAACUUAUUGAAACUUUCACAGAAAAAGAUAUUGAGUUGAUCCUGUUAAUGCUGAAAAAUGUUGGCUUUUCACUAAGAAAAGAUGACGCUUUAUCACUUAAGGAGCUGAUCACUGAAGCCCAGAAGAAAGCCAGCAGAGCAGGCAACAAGUUUCAGGACCAAACCAGGAUUCGGUUCAUGCUAGAGACCAUGUUGGCACUGAAGAAUAACGACAUGCGUAAAAUUCCUGGUUAUGAUCCUGAGCCUGUAGAGAAACUGAGGAAGUUACAAAGAGCUUUGGUGCGCAACACUGGUUCGGGUACAGAAACUCAGCUUCGAGUCUCCUGGGAGAGUGUCUUGAAUGCAGAGCAGGUUGGCCGCUGGUGGAUUAUAGGGUCAUCAUGGAGCGGAGCCCCAAUGAUCGACAGCAGUGAUAAUAAGAUCCAGCAGAAGCCACUUGCAGGGAUGGUUAGUUCAAAGAUAUUGGACCUUGCCCGCAAACAGAGAAUGAACACCGACAUCCGAAGAAACAUAUUCUGUACAAUAAUGACCAGUGAAGACUUUUUGGAUGCAUUUGAAAAGCUGCUAAAGCUUGGACUUAAGGAUCAGCAGGAGAGAGAAAUAGUUCAUGUUCUCAUGGAUUGCUGCCUUCAAGAGAAAACGUAUAAUCCUUUUUAUGCAUUUUUGGCCAGCAAGUUUUGUGAAUAUGAGAGGAAAUUUCAGAUGACUUUUCAAUUCGGCAUAUGGGACAAAUUUCGGGAUUUAGAAAAUUUGCCAGCUACUAAUUUCUCUAAUUUAUUUCAUCUUGUCGCACACUUGUUGAAGACAAAAUCUCUUCCACUUUCCAUUUUAAAGGUAAUUGAAUUCAGCGAAUUGGACAAACCCAGAGUCCACUUUUUACGGAAAGUGUUAUAUAUGCUGUUAAUGGAAACAGAGGUUGAAGACCUUGUUUUAAUUUUUGGAAGAGUAUCUGACAACCCAAAGUUGGGGAUGUUAAGGGAAGGUUUGAAGCUUUUUAUUAGCCACUUCUUACUGAAGAAUGCACAGGCCCACAAAAGUGCUGAGGAAGCCAACCUACUAAAAGAGAGAGCUGACCUUGCAACAAAGUCUUUGCAAGGAAAGUCUUCACUAAGAAUGUAA